AUGUCUGAACCGCUUCUGGCGCACGACAAAUGCUCGCCCAAGGCCACAGCACAGCUACAGAUCCCGUCAGACCAGGACCGCACGGGACGCUGGCAAGCGUUCUUCGUACCUACGGCACUAUUGUGCCUGUCCAUCUCUGGAACUGUGAUAUUCCCGCUAUACAUUAGCAAAUCAGCCACCACCCCCAGGAACAACGAGAACAGCGGCGAUACAACAAAUUUUGGAUGCGAUCCUUCCGGGAACACAUUCAGUACUUACGAACCUCCGAACCUCUUCGACACACGCUACACAUUCGCCAUCAAUCUUGGCUUCGGCGAAUUCGAAUUUGCGGCCGCCAAACUUAUCGAUGUCGGCUGGGAUCUGGUCCUCAGUCGCGGUGGCCAAGCUCUCGUUGCGUUGUGCAUAUAUCGUACCUUCCGUCGCAGCAUGCUGAAUGGUUCUGAAACUUCCACGAUGAGCUAUGACAAGUUCCUGGCUUUGUCAUACGCUCCGGACACAUUUCUGGCACUACUCUGGCUCGAUGGCAUGUUCUUAAGACACGACGGCAAGGUUGAGGAUGUGUUUGGCGCACUUCGCGCAGCUUUUCUGGUCGUUUCCUCCUUUCAUGCCGAAGUCGGAGCUGAGGCUACUAUAUUGAGAGAGAAGGAGCUGCGAUGGCAGAUCAAGCAGGCCUCAGCGCACGUUCGCAUAAGGCCAAUGGAGCUUAUCGCCCGUCCCCACGGCACAGUCUUCUGGACCGAGAUGAACUACGACACGAUUCAGCUGAAGCCCUCGAACAUUGCUCAGAUGUACCAAGCAGAACGAAGGUCUCUCUCUAUUGUACCCUUGAAGAACCUGAUGCCGCCGUCAAUGUCCGAUCCGACACUCGUUGGUAUGAAAGGGAGGAAGUCCCACGUAGCGUUUCCGACGCUGUUCAACUUGUGCAAUUCAGUGAGGCGGACGAUUGCGCAGGCCGUUACGACGAGCCCGACGAGGAAGCAAGAGAUGAUGCUAUACCCACAAGUCAGUCCAUAG